AUGGCCGAUACCGUCGGAAAGACCAUCACUUGCAAGGCUGCCAUCGCCUGGGCUGCGGGUGAGCCUCUGUCUGUGGAGGAUGUCGAGGUCGCUCCUCCCAAGGCGCACGAGGUCCGCAUUCAGAUUCACCACACUGGUGUCUGCCACACCGACGCCUACACUUUGUCUGGAAAGGAUCCCGAGGGUGCUUUCCCCAUUGUCCUGGGCCACGAGGGUGCCGGUGUUGUCGAGUCCGUGGGUGAGGGUGUGACCUCUGUCAAGCCCGGCGACUAUGUGAUUGCUCUUUACACCCCCGAGUGCCGUGAGUGCAAGUUCUGCAAAUCGGGCAAGACCAACCUGUGCGGUAAGAUCCGUGCCACUCAGGGUAAGGGUGUGAUGCCCGAUGGCACCACCCGUUUCAAGGCCCGGGGUAAGGAUAUCCUCCACUUCAUGGGAACCUCGACCUUCUCUCAGUACACCGUCGUGGCCGACAUCUCCGUCGUGGCGGUGACUCCCAAGAUCGCCACCGACCGCGCCUGUCUGCUGGGUUGCGGUAUCACCACCGGGUACGGAGCCGCCGUGGAGACCGCCAAGGUCGAGGAGGGUUCCAACGUUGCCGUCUUUGGUGUCGGCUGUGUCGGUCUGUCCGUUGUGCAGGGUGCCGUGCGGAACAAGGCUGGCAUGAUCAUCGCGGUCGAUGUCAACGAUGGCAAGGAGGCGUGGGCCCGCAAGUUUGGUGCCACGCACUUUGUCAACCCCACCAAGUUGGAGGGCAAGACGAUCCAGGAGCACCUGAUUGAGAUGACGGAUGGUGGCUGUGACUACACCUUUGACUGCACUGGUAACGUGGGUGUGAUGCGUGCGGCCCUCGAGGCCUGUCACAAGGGUUGGGGUGAGAGCAUCGUGAUCGGUGUGGCUGCUGCUGGUCAGGAGAUUUCCACUCGUCCAUUCCAACUGGUCACCGGUCGUGUGUGGAAGGGAUGCGCCUUCGGUGGCAUCAAGGGUCGCACCCAAUUGCCCGGCCUGGUGGACGACUACCUGGCCGGCAAGCUCAAGGUUGACGAGUUCAUCACCCACCGCGAGCCUCUCUCGAAAAUCAACACCGCCUUUGAAGAGAUGAAGAAGGGUGACUGCGUUCGCUGCGUGGUCAACAUGGAUUAG